AUGAAGGCUGUCCUCCUGACCCUGCUGGCCUCUGUCUUGGCCCUGCAGCCAGGCGCGGCCCUGCAGUGCUACUCCUGCAAGACCCAGGUGAGCAACACGCACUGCCGGCACGUGCAGAACUGCACCCAGAACGAGACCCAGUGCUGGACCGAGCGCAUCCGUGCUAUUGGCUUCCUGACCAUCAUCAGCAAGGGCUGCAGCUCGCACUGCGUGGAAGACUGGCAGGACUACUACCUGGGCAAGAAGAACAUCACGUGCUGCUCCACGGACCUGUGCAACGCCAGCGGGGCGCAUGCCCUGCAGCCAGCCAUAGCCACCCUCGUGCUGCUCGUCGCACUUGGUGGCCUGCUGCUUUGGGGCCCAGAUCAGUUGUCGCCUCCAGGAGGGCCCCGCUGCCGCCCAAACCAGGGUGCCCCAUCACACCUCCUGGGGCUCCUUCUGGGGCAAUUCUAUGCCCAUGUCAGCAUCCUGUGCAUGUGGAGCUCAGGGGCCUACGGGAGCGUGCUGCCCACCUUACUUCUCUCAUUCCUGGAAAAGCCCUUCUGA